UCCCCAUACGUACCCAUUUUAGGUGAUUGUCCCUUCAGGUGCUCAUCAUGAUUAUGUUUAAUUUCCCCUGCAGGUGUCUAACUCACAGAUCAACGGGGUUAUAGAGAGAUCUCAGAUGAGACAACAACAUGGCCGGCAUAAACUUAUCGUCCGUUCGAAUCCCUGCUCUUGUACGGAACUUGAACGACAUGCGAGUCUCAGGAUCCUUGACUGACGCCAGACUGCAUGUUAACGGCGUGACGUUCCCUGUUCAUAGGAACGUCCUGGCCGCAGGCAGCCCGUAUUUCGCGGCUAUGUUCACCAAGGGGCUGCAAGAAGCUCGGCAGGAAGACAUUUCCAUCUACGGUGUUGGUCAGGAAGCCAUGACUCACGUUUUAGACUUCAUUUACACCGGGAAAGUUUCACUGACUGGUGACUGUUUCGAAACAGUACAAGACCUUGUACAAGCUUCGGACUUACUUCAGGUCGUUGACCUUCACCGUGCAUGUGAAGAGUGGUUGGUUCCGCGGGUCAUCCCGGCUAACUGCGUCUCUCUUUACUUCCUGGCGCGCACCUACAACUGUCAGGAGUUAGCUCAAGCAGCCCGGUGGACGCUUGUUUCUGACUUCACCGACGUGAGCAAGAGAAGCGAGUUCCUCGAUCUAGAACUGUCCCAGGUUAUAGAGCUUGUAUCAGACGACUAUUUAGGUGUGGAUGAUGAAGGGUUAGAUGUUUUCGAAGCCGUGGUGAGAUGGGCAGAGCACAACAGCGCAGGCGGAGAAGUUGUUGCCAAACUCAUGAAACACGUGAAGCACAACGCCAUGAGGUCUCUGUGCUUACGGCAGAAGAUACUAGAACACCAGGUGUUGGGAGAUUGUCCAACUUCUACACAGCUGUCUAAUACAGCUGUCCAGGUGCAAGGUGGCCUGAGUGAUGCCGCAGGUGUAUUGAGCAACCCACAGUCUCUAGGAUUCACCCCACCCUUCAAAUUCUGUACGAGGAGGUCCGACGCCAUCGUGUCUGUGUGUAAAGACCGGGAGUCUGAAGACCCGCAGUUAUAUGAAACCCGUACAAAGAUUAAGUAUCGCCUUCCUAAGCCCUACACCGCCUCUGGUUUCAGUAUCAUCGUGUCACAGGAUAACAAACUGUACGUAGCCGGUGGACUUAGGAAGAGUCUAGCUGUAAAGGAUCAAGAUACAAACAUUAAUCUCUAUGCCUGUGCACACUUCUAUGUCUAUGACGGUAUUCACAACAAAUGGUGGAUGAAAGCCUCCAUGCAUGUUAGCAGGUUCGACUUUGCACUAGCCAGUGUUGGUAGUCACGUGUACGCUAUUGGCGGUAAGCGCCAUCCUCAUGGCAAAGCGUUGUCGGAUGUAGAAAGGUACCACCCAGAGGAAAAUACUUGGCAUAGAAUGGCCCAGCUUCCCAAUGGUUUAAAUGGACACCACGCUGUUACAAUAGAAAGCAACAUUUACGUCUUGUGUGGUUUCGACAGUCCGAGAAGCAAAGAUGUACUCUGCUACCAGACGUUGACCAACACGUGGACAAACGUUGCACCGAUGCCUGCUAUCAAGAGAAUCGCCGGCGCAACAGUUUUCUGCGGGAAGAUCUACACGAUCCUGUCGUCAUGGAAGAAUUCAUCAUGGAAACCGACAACCAUGGCGAUGUAUGACCCCGAGACGGACCGGUGGGAGGAGUAUGAACAGUUCGUUCCAGAGGAGGUAGAAGUGGUGGAGGGGCCGGUGGCUGGGGAGGACAGGCUGUAUCUGUGCUGUACGCGAGAUUUGUACGUCUUGGAGCCAACAAGUGUUCUGUGCCCGCUGGACCAGUGGGGUCUUUACGAUAGGAACGUUGUCCCGCGUCCAGGACAGGCAAGCCUCCACUGUAUGAUAGGAUACGUUCACAACGACGGAUUAAACGCCAUCACCGUUGAUGAUCAAAUUAGGUCUACAAAGGAGCAAGCUUGACGACAGCAACAAACUGUUGUUGAUCACAUG